AUGCCGGACAAUCAGAUUUUCAAAGCGACAUACAGCGGAGUUCCUGUCUAUGAGAUGAUGUGCAAGGGAGUGGCUGUAAUGCGCAGGAAGUCCGAUGGGUGGCUCAACGCGACGCAAAUAUUGAAAGUUGCUGGUUUCGACAAACCCCAAAGAACGAGAGUACUGGAAAGGGACAUCCAAAAAGGCGAGCACGAAAAGGUGCAGGGUGGCUACGGAAAAUACCAAGGCACCUGGAUUCCUCCCGAACGAGGCUUGGAACUGGCCAGACUCUACAAUUGCGACCUCCUCUUACGUCCUAUCAUAGAAUUUCAGCCGGACUCGAGGAGUCCACCCCCGGCACCGAAACACAUAGUGGCACCUGCUCCUGGGAGGCAAACCGGUCGCAAGGAGACUCCGUCUAGCACGCGCACAGCAGCCCGACGCAAACCGAAGUCUACACAUGAAGACGAGGGGAUUUCGUUAUUAGGAUCUGAAGAUGAUUCUGACUCUCCAAGUCCGUCAGAAGCAUCUACUACUUCUCCGACUCCCCCACCAAUCCGUGCAACACCUGACCAGCGUGGUUAUGCCGACGGUUAUACUCAAUAUUCUUCAUCUCCUCGGGAUCAUGCAAAGCGACGUGACAGGUACGACGGAGAGUCGGGCUCGGAUGAAGAAAUGAAUCCUGGCCCGAACUACGUGGAUGAGAUUCUCGAGUAUUUCAUCUCAGAGUCAAGUCAAAUUCCUCAAUUUCUCAUAACGCCGCCGAAGGACUUUGACCCAAAUAUUGCCAUUGAUGACGAGGGUCACACGGCAUUACAUUGGGCUUCAGCUAUGGGCCGUAUGCGUGUUGUCAAACUUCUGUUGACGGCAGGCGCCGAUAUCUUCAAAGUGAACAAAGCGGGACAAACAGCAUUAAUGCGCAGCGUGAUGUUCUCCAAUAACUACGACGUUCGUAAAUUCCCAGAAUUAUACGAGUUACUACACAGAUCGACCUUGAAUAUCGACAAUUACAAUCGGACGGUCUUCCAUCAUAUCAUGGAUGUUGCAAUGUCGAAAGGGAAAACACACGCCGCUCGAUACUACAUGGAAACCAUUCUGCAACGAUUAGCAGAAUAUCCCAAGGAGCUGGCGGACAUUAUUAACUUCCAAGACGAAGAUGGUGAAACUGCGCUUACUAUGGCUGCACGUUGUAGAAGUAAACGACUUGUUAAGUUGUUAAUCGAUCACGGUGCUGAUCCAAAGAUCGCAAAUCGAGACGGAAAGUGCGCGGAAGACUACAUCUUGGAAGACGAACGAUUCCGAUCAUCCCCAACUCUUCCAUCCCGAACGGCAAACAUGUCAUUUCGGACAUUACAAGCUGCACAUCCUUCUGUUUCUGGAGGUUCUUCGUAUGCUAACGGCCCCGCACUCCAUGAUCGGCUUCCUCUACAUCAUUCCGUGACUGCACAGAUUGCCAGCACGAGAUGUGUGAAUGACAUGGCCGCCAUGCUUGAGAGCCUCGCAGCGUCUUUCGAUCAGGAACUUAAGGACAAGGAACAUGACAUGGCGCAGGCACAGCUUGUCCUUCAUACAAUUCAGUCGGAAAUAUUAGACCAUCAGCGCUCAGUGAUGCAGCUCAAGCAUCAAUGCCAAAGUUUGGACGAGGCGAAAGCGGCACUUGUACAAGUAAAGCACGAACUUCUUGCGAAAAUGAACCGACGAUACCGUCUCGGCUGGGAGAAAUGGCACCGUGACGAGGAGGAUCGGGAGCGCGCCGUGCGAUCGAGUCCCUUAGGCCAAGGCCUCCCCUCUGUCACCGGCACUAAUCCUGAUAUAGUCUCGGAGUCAAUGGAAGCGACGCAACCCGUUCCGAUAUCGUUCCAAGUCACCGAAAAUGAGGACAUCUCGGACUUGAGGGAGUUAUAUUCGAAUCUUCCAAAUGACGAAAAAGGCGUUCAACAAGCGUGUCAAGAACUUCGAGCGGAUCUUGUACAGUCACGCACGAGGCGAAGUGAGAUGUUUGAGCAGCUUGCAACUUUACAGGCCGAAGCGGGAACUCAAGGACGAAUGGCUCAAUACCGACGAUUGCUAAGUGCCGGUUGUGGAGGGAUGCCGCAAGCUGAACUGGAUGAUGCCCUUGCUAUGCUUCUCGACUCUCUUGAAGCUGAAGACCCUGGGAAUGCCACCACAACGUGGAGUAAUAAGCCUGGUCGACCGGGUGGUGGAACGUGAACAUUGUCACUUCAGAACAUAUCUACAUGUUGUAUUUUGUAGCACUGCCGCUUUCAUAUCUAUGACU